AUGUUUUCAAAGGUAACAUCAAAGGACUUCAACCCUUUGCAGGGUAUAAAUAUAAGUGCUUUUAACGCAACGUUUCAGUUCGGCAGUGAAUUGGACAUAUUUUUUCAGCCUGAAAACGUUUUGAUAACAUUGUAUGUGCCUAUCAUAUUGUUAUCACUGGUGGCCAACAUUUUGCUCAUCGUCGUUGCUGUAAAAUGCAACUAUACUAAGAGCGUCACAAACAUGUUUCUGGUGAACUUGUCAGCUGCAGAUCUUCUCGUCACCGGCGUGUGCAUGCCCAUUCAGCUGAGCAAAGCCAUCACACUGGUCUGGUUCUAUGGAGAGACUGUGUGCAAGAUUGUCAAUUACAUACAAGGUGUAGCAGUAGCAGCUAGCGUGUUCACUCUCACAGCGAUGUCAGUAGACCGCUGGUUGUCCAUAUCUCCAGAACCCAGACUACGGCCCCCCGGCAGGAGGCAGGCACUGCUCCUCCUGGCGCUGCUGUGGUGCGCCGCACUCCUCAUCUUCAUACCACUAGUCAUGGUGGCAUCAGUUAGAAAAGAAACUGUACCAAUUAUAUCUAAGGCUUAUAAGAAUAUAUCGAUAGAAACUAGAGACGUACAUUUCUGCACAGAAGAAUGGCCGAGUCCGGAGAGAAGAAAGCAGUUUGGAACUUUCAGUUUUACCAUAGUAUAUGCAAUACCAGGUUCAAUUACAAUCCUCUCGUACGCGUGCAUGGGGCGGACGCUGUGUUCUGUGAGACCACCCUUUGAUAUUGACGAGGGUAAUGUUAGCAUGCAACAGGGUUUAAGAUUAAUGAAGGAGAGGAAGCGAGUGGCGUGGAUACUGCUGCUAUUGGCAGUAUUGUUCGCAUUGUGCUGGAUGCCGUACAACAUUAUGCAAUUACUGCUGGACAUAAACGCAGUCGAUCCUAAGGAUCUCAGCAUUUAUCUACCAUAUGCCUUAUUUAUAGGUCAUGCCAAUUCUGCAAUCAACCCAAUAGUAUAUUGUUUGAUGACGAGGAACUUCCAGCGGUCUGUUCGGAAGCUGCUGUGCGGUCGUGGGGUGUGUCAGCAGACAAAAUUCACUUGGAGGUGUACACAAAAGCCAGAUGGGUCAUCAAGUGACUACGAUCUAUAUCAUGAGCCACAUAAAAGGUGUUAUUUGCAGAUGAACGCACUUCGCUACAACGGCCAUGUCCAUGGGGCACCACUACCACGCGGCAUCGAAACUCGCGCGCAGACAACCCAACUGAGUCACGUGACGCGUUCGUCGCGUAGAACUGCGCCGGCGCACGCACUCUCCGUCGAAAUGCUGCAAAGGCACGGCCACAUCGAUUUCAAACGCUGA